UGGAAGAAAAGAGGGAGGAUGAAUGAAUAUAAUAACAAAAUCCUGUAGUUAGGCUUUCUACUUUCCUACUUGUUUCUAUAGUUUUGCAUAAUUUAUUGAAUUUAUUUGUGGGGGCAGGGGGGCUAGUAUUAUCAGCCAUUCUGUUACAUUGCAGAAUACAUAAAUUUAUACAUGUAUACCUAUCUAUAUCAUAGAUACAGAAAUACAUAGAUAACAUUUUCUUGAUAUGUGUAUAUUUGCUCUUAAUAUCAAACAUAAUCCUCUUACAGAGACAUGACAUUUUGAGGGGUAUCUAAUUUCUGAGCUACUUAUGGAAAUGUACAUAAAAUAGUGAUACAAAACCAAACACAGACUUUUUUUUUUGCACAACUCAUCUCUUUCUCUCUUUAUUGCCACCUCCACCCCUAGUAUCUACUUACUCCCAAAUUACCUUUGCAAUGAAAACACACUUAAGAAAUUUCAGCUUCAAGUAUUGUUUUCUUUUAAAGGAUUUUGGGGUGGGGCAAACAGAAGUCCAGGGUCUUAGAAUUUAAAAAGCUUUGCACUUGCAACUAGCGUUUUUAAUACAAUGCUGCAAAUUCUCAACCUGCAUAAGCUGCAAUUUGCUUUAUCCUUAAGGCAGUAAGGAAAUUCUUACAUACAGCAUGUUUCUCUUGUUCAACAGAAGGCUUUCCUUUUUGUGUAAGUGUAAUUUUUUUUCUGUGUAGAAUUACAUCCUGAUAAAGCCUUAUUGAAGUGUGGAACACAUACCAUUAGUGUGUAUGUUUUACUUAAGAUUUGGAGCUGCCUUUUAAAAUCUUUUUUUCAGCUCUGAAAAGUUGAUUUAAAGGUCAGUGUGGCUAGCUACUCUACCGUGUAGGUUUUCGCGCUGCUGUUUUGCGAUUUUGAACAAGAGAUGUGUAGUGUGAUGCUUUUUGUAUACUUUUCCAGGCGAUGUUUGUUAUCAGCAAUGUGGUCUAUUACAAGAUGACUGUUUUAGCAAAGAAGUGGAGUUGCAUUAUCAUGAUCUCUUUAGCUUUGUUCCGCUGCUCUGUUUUUAUAACUGAUGAUUUCUCAAGAAUCUGAGAAUCAAAAGACAACCAUUUUUCCCCAGUCAAGUAAAUGCUGCCUUUGCUAGGAAAAUUCCUGUUGCCUGGGAGAUUUAGGAUGGCCAAAAACAUUGUGCAAAAGACCAAAAUAUAAUUACUUUUCUUGGACAAUAUGUUGACCUAAACUUCACAAUAAUUAACUGAACACGCUGUCUCACUGCAGGCUGCGCAGGAGAAGCUACUUCCUUCUGCUGCUUAAUCAUAAAUCUUGCUGAUUAGCAAAACCAUUCAUUUUGCCCAUUGCUUUACUGAAUUCCUCUUGUUUCUCUGUGGAUUCCACAUCGUGCCAAAGACUUGUUACAUGUUGUUUUUCCAGCAGCACAAUGCAGACACACUGUAGAAUGGAAAUCAAAGCGAGAGCUGCUUUUGCUUUGUUCAAAGGCAUGUGUCUGCAAGCCUGUGCUGGGUUUCCUCCCCGCUUGAAUCUGGUGGGAUGGUAAGACAUGUAAACAGCAGGCAUUCUCCCCAGCGGUGCACGAACCAGGGUUUUGGCUGAAGGCAGUAAUUCAUGUUUUUGUUGCCUUUCACUGGAGGCCUUAAAGCUUGAGCAAAUGUGGAAGAUUCUUCCACUUUUAUAGAUGGAAAAAUAGUUAGGUGCAGUGUGCCAUGCUAGGCUAAAUCAGGAGGAAAAGCUGGGUCCUUUACUAUUAGUCAUCUGACUGUUAGAUAGUUUGUUUUUAUUUGAGCAGUCAUGACCAUUUAUUUAGAUACACACUUAAAGAUAGAAGUAUUCUUCCAGAACAUUGGACAUUAUGUAUUGGAAAAGUUAGAAAAUCAAACCUGUUGUUUAUUUGAAACACUGGAUGCCUUCCAACUCCCUUCCCUCUCUUUCUUCCUCCUCCCCAACACCCUACUGUCAUUACAUUACUGCCUCUGUUUAAUUUUUCAUAGCCCGUAUAUAACACCACCACUUAGGGCAGGAAUGGGAAACUACUGCGUUAUAUCCUGUGCUUUAAGGCAGUUUAGUCAGGUAAAAUAUGAGUCAUCCAAGCAGCAGCUUUCGUAGUAGCUAAGGGUGUUUGUAAUUUGAUGUUCACAGUGCUGUUAAAGAAUGAUCACUAGAAAGAGUUUAUAUAAUUUAAAGCCUUGUGCUGCAUGAAGAAAGAUAGAGGAGAGGGUAGGAUCUGGCAGUGAGGUUUUUUCCAUGCUCCCUCUCUAUUAUGGACCAAAAUCACUCUUCCUAAGGAGCUGCUGACCUGGGAAACUAUCAGCAGGCUUCCCAAGUGAGCAUUUAUUUUGCUUCUCGUUUCCCUUCUUUCCGCCUACGGACUCUGCUGUGAUGAGAACACAAGGACUGAAUAAUUCAGGCCUGUUGUGUGAUACCACACAAUAAAAUGGUUUAGCACAGUACAGGUUUUGCAUAAACUAGUUUAGGCAUAGUGUCUAGGGUACAUAAAACAUACAAAAAGGUCUGGGUGGAGACGUAAGAACAAUUGGAAAACACCAAAACCACAGCACAACUUUCCUAAUCUAUGUAUUUUCCACUCUAUUCCUUGGAGCAUCUACAUUCUCAGAGUUGUAAAUGGUAUGGUACAAGGCAUGUCUGUUUCUGCUUAGAGGGCUUUUUUCCUUUGCUGUAUCCAUUUUUAUGAAUUUAUUUUCAGAUGCGGUAUCAUAGAAUCAUAGUAUUUCUCAAGUUGGAAGGGACCCAUAAGGAUCAUUGAGUCCAACUCCCUGCUCCUUGCAGGACUACCUAAAACUAAACCAUAUAACUAAGAGCAUUGUCCAGAUGCUCCUUCAACUCUGACAGGCUUGGUGCCAUGAUCACUUCCAUGGGGAGCCUGUUCCAGCGACCAGCCAUCCUCUCAGUGAAGAACAUUUUCCUGAUGUCCAGUCUGAACUUCCCCUGAUGCAGCUUCAUACCAUUUCCAUGUAUCUUCUAGAGCAACCGAAUGCUUUGGCAACAUUUGGUAUUUGGCAACAUGUGGUUUUCUGAUGAGACACAAGCUAGCCAAGUACGGUGGUCAAGCAACGACUUGCUCCUCUGAGCCCUGUUUAAGAAAGGAGCAUCACAGGCAUGUGGCAGAACUGGAGGCUGGGCGAUGCAGGUUGCUGCCUUUGUUUUCAUUCAGAGAAGGUGGGAAAAUGACAAAAGUCACUUCGAAAAAAUGCUGGAUUAUUUCUGUGACAUUCGCGAACCACUACAACUCCUCAUCUUUCCAGAAGGAACUGAUCUCACAGCCAAUACCAAAGCCCGCAGUAAUGAAUUCGCUGAAAAGAACGGACUUAAAAAAUACGAGUAUGUCCUACAUCCGCGAACUACUGGAUUCACUUUUGUGGUUGAGCGUCUAAGGGAAGGUGACAAUCUCGAUGCUAUCCAUGACAUAACUGUGGCAUACCCCCAAAACAUUCCUCAGACAGAGAAGCACCUUUUGAAUGGAAACUUCCCAAAGGAGAUUCACUUCCACGUCCAGAGAUAUCCCAUAGAGACAGUGCCCACUUCUAAGGAGGAGCUGCAGCUUUGGUGCCAGAAGCGUUGGGAAGAGAAAGAGAAGAGACUCCAACACUUCUAUGAGGGUGGAAGAUGCUUCAGUACAACAGGGCAAAGCAUUAUUCCACCAUGUAAAUCUGAGCUCAGGGUCCUCGCAGUUAAGUGCAUCUCACUUCUGUAUUGGACGGUGUUCCCACUGGGUAUGCUUGCACUGCUGUACCUGUACAGCUUUGCACGAUGGUAUUUUGGAGCCAUGAUCAUCUUUUUUGUUGUGCAGCAAAAGAUAUUUGGUGGGCUGGAACUAAUUGAACUCGCUUGUCAUCGAUAUUUUAAAAAGCAACAGAAAUUUCACGGCACAAAAAUAAAAGUCAAUUAGUUCUGGGGUAGAGGAAGACAUAAAAAUGCGUGGGUUUGAGAUGUCCUGCAAAUUUUAUGCACAGGAAAGAAUUUUUGCAUGAGAAUUGUCUUUUACUGUUGCCAUUGUUAGACAUUUGCACUUGAUUCUGUGAAGAGAAAGAAAAAUGUUAGUUAUUGCUACAUGUGAAAAUGGUAGUUUUUAUCUCUGAAUGUAAUUUCAACAUUGCUCUUGCAAGCAGCUAGCAACUGCAUUCUGCUGUAAUUAAGAAACAAAUUGCUGGAUUAUUGAACAAUCAUAAGGACGUUAGUAAAUGUGACAUGCACUGAACUUUCAUGUAGAAGCCCAAACUGUCCAGCUAAGAGAGACAGAUGUAUGAUUUCUGUAUAAUCACAUUGUCGUAAAGUGAGCACCAGAUUUGGAAAGCUGGUAAGUUUAAUGAUGUUUUGAUGGUAGGUGGAAGUUGGAGGAGAAGUUAUUCUGGUUUUUUCUUCUAUUUUUUCCUAUUUCAAAUAUGCAAACUUAUUUUAAAAUAAUAUUUUCACAUAGGCUUUUUUCCAAACGCUGCUGAACCUACCACUAUUCAACCGUUCUGGCUUGGUCACUCAGAAGGAUUUUUAAGCCUUGCAGUCUUGUGUUGUUGUACAGAAAACAGUGCUGGGUCUGCCUCUGUUUCAGUCUUUGCUGAUUAUUUAAUAGACCUAUGCAGCUAAAUUUUGAUUUCUCACUGUUUCAUACUGUUUUGGUCUCCCUGUUAGCUGUGGGAAACUUGUUCCUGCUGUAGUGUACAGAGCUGUGGGACAGGGGAGCUGUGUUUUUGUUGUUUUAUUGUUUUUUUUUUUUUUCUGAUAGAGGCAAAAAUAAGUUUCUGUCUCUGAGUAGCUGGCAGAUGUUUUUCAAAAAGGUCUCCUUGUAGACAUCAUUUGAUUGAAAACAUUUUAUUUAUUUUUCAGAGUAGGGAAGAUUUUUUUUUUUGAAGCAUUUAUUUUGGUUUUCACAUUGCUUCCUUAGGCAUUUCAAGUGUCCAUAUAGAUAAGCAGGAAGACUGUUUGUUCUGUGCGUGUCAGCCAGACCUCUUGAAAUGCGUCUCAUGCAAUGGUUGUCUCCUUAUAGGUACAAGAGAUGGUUUCAGACUUAUUACAGCACAGGGAAAUUGAGCUACAUCUUCCCUUUGCAGUAUUCUCUUUGAGUGCCUGAUGACGACAUUGGUUUUCCAACCUCCUUUGCAUUUUUGGGGGUUCUUUUGGGGCUCCCACAAUAAUGCCUUCCCUUAUUUUUGUGACAUUCAUAAAAUCUGAAGGCUUACACUCAGACAAGGCACUUUCAGGUGUAUUCCUUGAUAUAUAUAAUACAAGUAAUGUUCAUGCUCACAUAGUGAAAGGCAUAAACAUUGCCAGCUCUUAGGAGACACUUCAGGUUAGAUUUGGUUUUUGACCUCAGAACUGUUAGACCACUUGGUCAUUUGUAUUGCUGCAAAGCCUUUCUGACUUACUAAGUAUUUGUUGUUUAUUGCAUGAAGGCUUGUUUGAGCUAAACUGAGGUGGCCUGGCUCCAUGUGGUGAGUGAUGUUGCCUUGAAAUGUGAAAGUACAGAGUGCAAAUGUAUCUUGUACUGUGCUGAAUAUCUGAAGCGUUGGGUCGGCAUGGUAGACACAUCUGUUUUUGUUAAAUUAUGACACUAAACAUGUUGUCUAAUAUGUCUGUAUCAAAGGCCAUUUUUUUAAAGAAUCACCAGCCUCUAUUCAACUGUCACUUGCAAGGUGACAAGUAUUUUUAAUCUAUGCUUAUAACUAGUUGUUUAUUAUGCAGAAAGUACUUGAAGCCAUCUGUUUUACUCUAAUUUUUUAAACCCCUUUUUUCUUAAAAAUAAAUAAAACUAGGUUUAUAUUUAGGGUUAUGUUUCUUAAUGAUUUUUCAUAUUUAUAUUUGAGUACCUGAUGACUGACAACUGGUGUUUCAUUGUCAUGAGUGGAAUGGAGGUCCUUUCUGCACUAUGAGGACUUUUUUAAACCUAAUUCUGUGCUAUCAAAGGUGUGGUUGCAGCUUAAAUCUACACAGCCUGUUUUUCUUUGCAUAAUACUCUGCUUUGGUGCAGUCCCCUGCACAUCCAGGUAACUCAGCACAAGGGAAAACCUAAAAACCUCAUUUGUGGUUAAUGCAGAGGAGACCUAAAAAGCUUCUUUUGGUCUGUCCUGAGCGAUGGCUGUGCUUUCACACCAGGAGUAACAACAGCCAGCCUACUCCAAUAGCCUUAACAUAGUCUUCAGGAAUGACUUUGGAGGUAGGGUUAUAUAUGUUGGUGACAUAAAUACCAGCUACACUUUUCUCAGUCAUUCAGAGAACUUUGUGGCGUCAUCAAAUGUAUCUAAAACAUCAGUGUGAGUCUUGGUCAUGGAGUGGUGAAAGAUUUACGUCUGUGUGUGAUUAGUUGGGCUCUGAAAGUGAAAUUAAAUGCAAUCCAUUGUUGACCCUUACAAGGGGGUUUUCUCCCCUUGUGACCAAACAUGUAACCUACUGUAAUGUGGUAAACAUCCUGCAAAUCUGUAAUUCAUCCUCCUCUCACGUAUUCGAGGAGUGGGGAGCAGGGUGGCAUAUGGUCAGUGAAGAAUCUUCCUCUCACAAGGACGGGUAUUGGCUUUGUGAUUGACGUAAAUUUUCAGAUUGCAUGCAUCAUUUUCCAGGGAGAAAAUUGAACAAAAAGUUUUGUGGACAUAGAAGCUUUUUCAGUCAAAAUGUAGCUUCUUACUCAAAAGGUUCUAAUACACGGAUUUUUUGGAGACUGCUUUGUUCUUAGUCAUCCUUUUUCCCUAUUUGAAGCACGCCAGGAGAUGCUGGAUAAAUCACUUUGAAAUGUUUUCAGUGGUGUUAGGUUAAAGGUGCUAGUACUCCAGGAAUCACACACACCUCUCUUUCGUGGGACGCAUAUUGGCACCGAGACUUGUCUCACUCAUUAGCAUGUUUGACGCGGCUCACCUUCACUCAUAGUCCCAGCAGCCACGCUGUUCAGCGGCAACUGCUCCGUACACAGGACCUGCAGGCCUUGCCAGGUCUUGCUUAUGUGACCUGAGAUCAAUGAUGUGCUUUAGGGAUACUGCUCUUGUUUGCUCAAUCAAAUGUUUCCUCAUCAGCAUCAGGGGUUUCUUUAUCUUUGCUCAGAACAGAAAGUUGAAAUCCUGCCAUCUGUGUUUGUCAUCAAGCUCAUCUGGGUAGCAGGACAUCAGAACGAGACAAUUCGGUCUCGAGUUCAAAGCUGCAAGGCCCGAAGCUGGUCUAUAAGGUGUUGUCUUGAUCAUAUGCAACGUAGUUCUGAGUUUUGUGCAUUGCAUCAAUCUCUGUUGUUCAAAAAAGAUCCAUGUUUUUAUAACUUGAUUUUAUAUGCUGUGUUUCACUGUAUGAAAGGAAACACCAGGAUACCACAAACCUACAGAAAGCCUUAGUUUUCAGAGUUUACUGACUAUAUCGGAAUGUUUUAACCAUGUACCAGUUAGUCUACAGCAACAAUAAAGACCUGAAGCAUUGCAUGUG